CAUAUCUAAAUAUGUCAUAGGUGCAAAUAUAUGAAUAUUAAUCAUAUUAAACAUUUUUAAACACACAUUUCAUUUUCUGAUAAGCGCAACGUGUCACAUUACUCAUUAUCAUUGUUGUUGGCAUGAGUAAUGUUUUUGCCUUUUAUCUACGAAAUGACACCACUGAGCCCCUAAGCUUCCAGGUUUGCGAUAAAAUGUGUGUCAGCGACGAAGAUGUCAAUAACGAUAUGAUAUAAAUUAUCGAAUGUGUGGCAAGUGUCAGUUUAGUUUUACCCUUCGAACGAGUUAGACGAAGUUGCGACGGUGUUGGCUUUAAGAAACCCAAAAGCAAAAAACCAGGACACAAUCAGUGCAAAUAUUCUAUUGUUUCGAAAUUUUUUAAUUGAAGAUAAGACAAAAAUCGUUUUGAAAAUGUACAAGCUCAUGCAAUGCGCGGCUAUCGUGAGCCUGCUCUAUCUUUUCGGUAGCAACGGCGUUGCUGCUCAAAACCUGACCCAGUGUCAGACUGCGAACAGUUUAACGAAUCUUACGAGUGCUUUUGAAGGCCAGUGGUAUGAGGCCAGCCGCAGCCCAGCAAGCGCAUGGAGUUGUGUUGGUCUCGAUAUUAACGCGAACGCGUCGGGCAUAUAUCUCAGUCUCACCACACCACAAACUACGGCCGCUCUGUACUUAAACCAAACCUCAACCUAUCUACUCACCCCAGUCAAUGGAACCAAUUCGAGCAGCUUGGUAAAUGUCACCUCACCCGCUGGCGGUUACUCUUAUCCAACAAGCAGUAAUGGAAAUGUGACAAUCAAAAUACUUGAAGCCGAUAGUUCCAGCUAUGCGGUGCUCUGCGGAUAUAGCUCCACCUCAAAUAGCUCAUUUGGUCUUGUAAUCACGCGCCAACGUUCGGUGACAAACGCCACAUUGACAUCGUAUGUUGAACAAAUCAAUAGCACCUAUGCAGGUUUCGAGAAUUUGACGAAUGUGGAUCAGGGCCUUGCGUGCUAUGAGAGCUCAGCCGCCACGCAUGCCUCGGCCUUAUCGCUGGUUUUCGCAGUUAUAUACGCUGUCACUAAGUUCAUUAAUUAAGUGUGAAUCCUUUUUAUACACAUAAAUAUGUACAUAUGUUUAUUUAAUUUUUAACAAUAUUAAAUUUCAUUACACAAUUUAAAUUAUAUACAUACGUACUUAUGUUAUAGUUGCUACACACAACUGUACAUACAUUUUUCACUACUGUAAAUCACAAAACUUUAUUUGCUAUGUGGAAAACUAUGUUCACAUAUAAACAAAAAUUAACGGUACUUAUACUUAAAAAGGAACCAAUACAAGUAUUUAUAAUUUUAUUUGUUGUUUUUGAGGAAUAAAAAUUAAUGUAACUGAAUUUCUCUGUAUUAAUAAUAAAAAUAGAAAAAUUAUUUGCUUUAGAAAGUAAGAAUAAUAAAUAAAGUAAAAUUGGAAAACAAA